UCGCCUAUUUCAGAUGUGUAGCGUCCGCACGAGAUGACAAGAAAUGAACUAAAUUGAGACAUGCGGUAGUUCUUUCCCGGGUCCGGAGCGAGGAUCUGCAAGAAGGCUGCUUCUGCUUCCUUUGAUCCGAGGCUGUGAGGGGAGGAAGACCAUGGCGCCUAUGCAUUGCCUCUUCGUCUUCGCCGCUCUGCUGUUGGCACCAACCGACGGCCUGCCAUCCCCCAAGACAAAGGGUGUCCCCAAGACCAAGUGCCAGCGCUACCACGCCCUCAAACGCUUCAGUGCUUGCGGAGCCGUGGUCGGCCAUGCAGUUCGCGAGAAGAGCCUCCUGGAAAACCCGAACCAAAACGCGACGUGCCAGAAAGCACAGGGAUUCGACAAGUGCUUUCAAGACUCAAUGCGCUUGACGCGGUGCGUGAGGAGCUCGGAGUUCAACUUUCACCUUCAGCAUAUCUCGUCCCUCGUCAACGAGAUGUACAAAGAAAGCUGCAGCCCAAGCGGGGAAACCAGUUCGAUGUUGACGGACAUGAGCACAGUGUGUGACAUCCGAGUGGCGGUUGUGCGGUUCCUCGAGUGCACAAGUUCUUUCUACCUGGGUGAGCCUCAAACUGUCGCGCCGCAAAACCAUAGCCAGGACGUGAGUGCGACAACUCGUGGCGUGCACUUCGGUAUCAUCUUCGAUGCGCCUGCUGUUGGUGGGACGCCGGAGAAAUACAACCGCCUACCAUCAAUUGAGUGCAGGCGAAGCGCGAAGUUUAGGAACUGUAUAGACAACAUUCAUCUUUAUUCGGAAUGCGGCAUUGGGACGGAAGUACACUCACAUCUCAAAUACUUGGCGAAUAUUGUGACCCGCAAGGUCGCUGGAAAGUGCAGCCAACAAACACAAAUACCUGACCUCGACUGCCAGUUACUGCCGUUUCUGAGGAAAUUUCUGCACUGCGGAGUAAACAGAUACGAGACAACGGGGGAUCGCGUCGAUCAUGAUAUCUGCACUCAAGUACUUUCCUACAAGGAAUGCGUCGCAGCUGCCGAACGUGUAACACACUGCAACAUGAGAAACCUCUCCCUGAGCUACCACCUUACUUAUCUCCACAAAGUCAUGACCCACGUGAACACCAGCUGCAAAGGCGUUAGAAACGUUGAAAGUUCUGUCUACAAAGAGACGUGCAAACGAACGACGCUGUUCAAUAACUACUUCUCCUGUGGAAUGGAGGUCCAGGCACGCCUUGAAGGACUGAAGAAAGGUGACAAGGAACGAUGCAGGAUUUCCCAAAAUUUCGAGAAAUGCUUCAUCAAUGCCAAAGAACAGUCAGGGUGCCUCCUGGCCGACGAGGCGACCAGCAUCAUGAGUGCCCUGCUGGACACGUGGAAAAAAGAGCAUGCAAAAGAGUGCUCAGAUUUUGACGUGGCACCUCCGCGAGGAGCGCAAGCCGAGUGCCUGACGGGCACUGCAGUGCGCAAGGUGUUCCUAUGUGGCCUUAGUUUUCAGACGGCCGUACGGGAAGUGAAGUUCUCGCCGCUGGAGAUGUCUCCAGAGGUGUGCCGGCGGCUGGAGGAGAUGAACGCCUGCAUCUCCGAAGUUAAAAGCCGCACGCAGUGCGCCAUGUCUGAAUUGCACGCUCACGUCGCUCCCUUGCUGCAGCCGUUCACCACUGACUACGCCAAGAGGUGCGAGAAGAUCGUGUGGUCAAACCUGUCCGCGCCGAUGAUGUCUCCUAAUUCGCCGGCGUGUCGACGGCUUCCAGCACUGAAGCGCAUAUUCCACUGUGGUUUGAGCUUCAGCAGAAUACUUGAAGAAAUGGAGCUGGUUCAUCAGAAGGCCGAAGUACUCUGUCCGCUAUUGAAGAAGUACGAAACGUGUGUUCCGGACUCGGCGAGCGAGCUCGGAUGCAAGGAUGACCCCGUAAUGAAAGGACACGUGAGAAGCUUCGGAAGGAUACUGCACAGGCAAUAUUACGAGGCUUGUCUCAGAAACCGAAGAGGUCCACCGGUACGCUUACAAAGUUUUCGAAGAGUGAGGGUAAGCAACGAAAAUGGCAGUCGUGAUAUACUUGGCAACGUGAACGUUCUGAAGCAAGAACUAAAGCGCAGUGGGAAUGUCUCUGCCGCUAUUAAACAACAAAUGUUAAGCCAAGUUAUGGAAGAUUACUAUGGUCCGGAUUACGAUGAGUACGUUGAAGAAGAAGACAAAGUACCAGACAGCCUUGAUGUCAAGCCUGCCUAUGAUUACGCUGAUCGCGAGGCAACUUCGAAAACAAAAAAACAGGAUGCACCGCAAAGGAGCGCACAAUUAUCAUCGGAAGGAAUUGCUCACAAUUCAUCAAUGACUAUGCAGAAACAAGACGGAAACACUGAACCGAGAAAAAACCAAGAGUUCUGGGCAGGUGUCGAGCGGGCACGGAAACUCAGGUCACAACACAGAUUUGAAUCGGGGUCCCCCGAGCUGGUCCAGGAUCUCUCCAGUAAACGAGUUAACCGAGAUUUUGCGCGACCCGGAACGUACUUCAUAGAUCAGUUGGGUAAUCCACCAGAUUAUAACAGUGAUAAUUAUGCCAGAAAAAAGCACGAAGCUGAGGAUUCCGAUAGCAACUUUGAAAGUGAACCACUGCCUGAAAAUUUCAGGAAUUCUCCAGUGAAGUUGCCAAUUUAUAAAUCAAUGCGGAACGUACCGCGCGCAGCAAGGCAAGGAGAGAGCGAUGUAGAAGGUUGGAGAGGGGGGCCUCCGUUGAGUCGAGAAGAAGAACUGGAAAUGUACGAGGACACGAGAGGAAUGGCGGAGCUACUGCAGAAACAGAGGGAAAGACACUACAGUCGGUACAAGGGCAGGGACAACCUCAGUCCUAAAUCCGACAUGCAGAGAGCAGGGAAAGAUCUCGCCCACAGGUACGCCGUCUCUGGCGAUGAAAUAUUCAGGGGUGGCUUCAACAAUGCCAAAGGUACAUUUAACAGAAGCCUAGCGUACUACGACUACAACGGAGGAACAGACACUAGGCGCUUCAGAGGCGACUACGGGAUGCGUCAUAUUGAGCGCUAUCCGUACAUCAGACAUUACGGACCUAAUGAAAGGGCUGGGAAAGGACAGCAAGAUGAAAGGCGACACAAGGCUCUGCGGUUCGACAGGCGGGUGAUCGGCUUGCAGCGCCGUGGAAAUGCAUACAAAAGCACCGACUACGAUCUCAGUGAGUACGAGAAACCGGCGCUCGGCCACUUACCACAUAUGGACGGCGAAGAAGAACUUGUGUCAAGAGACGUGGUGUCAUUCCCAGAAGACGACGCUCCUGUACUGCCCAACGACGAAUCUCUAAGUCAAGAUGUAAAGCAAAUGGGUUCCCGCAGAGCCAUUUCAGUCAGACGUCGCGAUAACAAAGCUUAUCCAGACGCUCCCAGGAACUUGCAGGUGGCCCUUGGUAUGGGAGACAUGAAUUAUGCCCCUGGUGGAACGUUCUCUUUAUCUGACAACGUGCCUGGCGCAAAGUUACCCAGGCACGAUGGUGCGGAUGCUCUGACCGAAGAGAAAGACCAAGCGUCUCAGAAUCAUCGACAAGGAGCACCGUUACGCUACUAUCCUCGGCGAUUAGCUUCAAAUAUGUUUCGUGCUAGGGCGGGCCUGCCUACUGAUCCUCGAUAUGCUGUUGGAAUUAUGCAAGAAGACUACGACCGAGGAGUAAGAAAUUAUAAUAAAGCUUCACUAAAGAUAAGUGACGGGCCUCCUGCUCCGGCGAAGGAAGAAAUGUCUCCCCGUCUGAAUGCCAUGAAGCGACUUAGCGCCCAUGAUCGAAUUUCGUCGCCAAACAACCCAAACUUUCAGUUACCAGGAGAGACUUCCGGAAACAUGCGGUCAUUUCAACGCCAACCUCCUUUUCAAAAACCUAACUACAAGGAAAUGGAGCCGCACGAAAUGGACUCGUAUCCAGAUGAACUUCGGCCCUUCCCGAGCCCACCGCAGCGUCAUUCUAACGACUCGAACUACGUUGGCCCCAAUAGCUUUCUUCCAGAGCCAGGCCUGCGGUCCCCUAAAGAAAAGGUUGUGCCCGACUUUCUUGGAGAGACAAAAGAGCGCGCUGCAUUACCAGAAGCGCGACCAAGGAAAGACGAGUCGUCACAUCGGAGGUCAGUAAACUCUCCGGGAAGCCGCAUGAAAGACGUGGAAGGUGAAAGAGACUUCAAUGACGGUCAAAAAGGUCACGACGAGGGCUUCGUGCAGCGAGGCGCUAAGGGACCGAAGCGAUUCUUCGAGAUUAAAAAGAGGAGGCGUGAGCCGAGAGUUGGGUUCCCAUACGUGAGGCACAUCGACGAAUCGCCUGGGCUACUGCUCGAUAAGAACGAGGAGGCGGCUGGCAGUGCUAUCGCGAAGCCGUCGCGCCAAAACACUAAUGUUCAGCUAAACAAAUAUGAGAUAGAACGAAAGAUGAAGAAGAAGCUCGUAAAGGACGACCUGGAGGAAAUUAUACGUAAGCACAAAGAAGAAAGCGACAGCAAGGCAGACAUGAUGCUUUUUCCGAAUGAGCAUCUCGUUCGCGACGAUAGAGUUGUGCGGGACUUUGAUGCUAAGGCUCUUGAAGAAAAUAAGGACUACUACGAACUAGACGCAAAGCUUGAGAGCGACAGUGGAGAUCGAUCUUCAAUGUGGAGCGCUGGAGGAGACGACGUUAAGGAAGAACUACUAAGAAAACACAUGGAAGGCACGGAAAAACGGCAGGACUCUUUACUUGGGGAAUUGAGCAAGCGGAACGCCUGGUAUACCGAUGACAUCUGGAGUGACAACAACGACCUUUUCGGUAUGGAGAGGCUGCUGUCGGACCAGCGUCGAGAUUUCGCAGACAAUGGUACAGAGGAAGAUGAAAUGUGGCAAUGCCAACUGCACAAUCUUCAAAAAAGAUCUGAUGCCUGUCAACGGGUAUUUGAGGAUGACUUCAAAGCCGUAGGCAACGGGACCGUGCGUCACUUCGAAGCUCAAUCCUUGACACCACAGAUCCGGAAGUCGGUGUGCUCGCAUGCACGUGAUUUUUCCCAGUGCAUCAAUCUCUUCGCACAGAAGUACCGCUGCGUUGACAGCCAGGAGUUGAUCAAGAAUUUGACCGAUGAUCACCUCAAGAAAGCUGGUGUCAUGUUCUGCGACUCCAACACUGUGCGCAUUUCCUUCGAGCUCGUGAUAGCAGCUGCCUUGUUGAACUUCCUCCGUAUAUGACAAAGAAGCGCAAGCGAUAUCAGUUUAGAGAUCAUCGGUGCGGUGUGCGGAGGAGAAAAA